AUGAUUGUGGUAUUGAUUAUGAUUUUCAAUGCCGUUGGUGGGUACGGAAAAUGGUCAUCGGGCCAGCUACGGAACUCAAUGGCCAUAAGGUGUAUAAAAUAUUACUUUGGUUCAUACAUUAAUAACUAUAAAAAAUGUGUGGCUAGGCUAUUAAAAAUAAUGACACCUAAUUUGGAGGUUAUUCCAGACAAAACGCUCUAA